AUGGCGCACGAGAGCUCCACAGCCGCUUCAAGUCUUCCUAUAUUGUGUAACGAUCAUCUUCGUGGUGAUCAUCUCCGGAAUAUUGACUUAAUAAGCUCGUUGCCUGAUGGGAUCCUCCAACAUAUCCUCUUCUUUGUUCCGACGCAACUCGCCAUGACAACUUGUGUCUUGUCUAGACGAUGGAGGCAUGUAUGGUCCGAUUCACCUUUUCUUUCCUUUGUUGAUAGCUCUAUGCCGCCAGGCAAUGCUGCUUGGAUAAAAGAACCCCUAACUCGCUGCACAGCUCCCAAGAUGAUCAAGUUUCAUCUCAAAACCAGAAUGUAUCACACUGUUGCCGACAUGGACAGGUGGAUGGAGUUCGCCAUGUCCCGCAACGUGGAGAAUCUAUCCUUCUACGUCAGUCAAAAUUGUAAUUAUCAUUAUAACUAUAACAUGCCUGAUAUCUUCUACAACAAUUCCUCUAUUAAGCAACUCAGCUUUGAGUUACCAAGUGUUUGUAUGAUUCUCUCAUGUUCUGUAUCUUGGACAUCGCUAAAGAAGUUGUCCUUGACUUACAGUUCUAUCUCCGAUGAAUCUGUUGCUAAGAUUCUAUGUGGUUGUCCGAUUCUCGAAAGCUUAAAAUUGAAUCGUUGUCGUAAUGUUUGGGUUCUUGAUCUCAGCAAAUCGCUGGGCGUGAGAACGUUAGAAAUAACCUGCAGCCGUUUUAUGUCGGAGCCAAUGCAGAUUGUGGCACCACAUGUCCAUUCUCUCAGAAUGCACAACCAUCAGUUUCCAUGUGCUUUAGUUGAUGUCUCGUCUUUAACUGAAGCUAAAGUGGACGUUUCCCGUCACUCAGGUCGAGAGACAAUCAAUGAUUCUCUAUUUCAAUCCCUUCAUGAAAUGCUACAGAAGUUUGAGAAUGCAGAGAAGCUUAAUUUUGGGUGCAACUUUCUUCAGUUAACGUGUGCCGAUGGAUUAGUUUUCAUGAGGCCUGUAUAA